UCAACCAAUCACCUCACGACCUGAUUUCUGGAGGACCAAGCAUGGAUCAAGCGGACCGCGCAAAGCGGCUCAAAGCACUCCGUGAUGCAAAGAACAAGAAGGAAGGGGUUGUUCCGGCGGCCGAGGAGGAAUCAUGUCCAGUUCCCGAAGUAGUUGCUGAAGCAGCAGAUGAAGCUGCCCAAGGCGAUGUCGCAACGUCCGAAGAAGAUACGACCGAGGAGGUUCUGAGCAUCGCACCAAUGAAGCCAACGUGGGAUCUGGAGCGAGGCCUGGAGAAACAAAUGAAGAAACUGGAACGACGCACGCAAAAUGCCAUCGUUGAGAUCCUCCGUGCGAAGAUGGAACGUGAGAUGCAAAACGAGGAAGACGACAGCGAAGAUGCCGAAGCUGCGUAGAUGUGUGGGCGCCCGAGCACGCUCUCAACUCCCGUAAUUGCACGUAUGUAUUCUCUGGCCACUUGCCGUAUGGAACCAACGACUACAGGUCGACCCCAUUCACCAAAGUGUUUGGUACUUAUGGAAGGAGUAAGACAGAUCCUUCCACGAGGUUAAGCCCGCUCGUUACGAAUACAGGUCUUCUUUCCCGU